UGAGGGGAGAAUGGAGAGACAAAUCCUCGGUCUGUUACUGCGGAGCCGCUUCCGGACAGAAGCAGAUCCCUGCUGCCCCGCGCGCCACUGAAAAAAAUCUUGUCCACUCCGCGCUCCCCUCUCUGUGGGGGGGAGCGGGGAGGAGAACGAGGCUUGGGCAGGCUGUUAAGCUGUCAAUCCGCAGCUGAACAGCAUGCAGUCCUUUCGGGAGCAGAGCAGUUACCACGGAAACCAACAGAACUACCCACAGGAAGUACAUGGUGCAUCCCGGCUAGAGGAAUUUAGCACUCGCCAGCAAGCUCAGAUGUUUCAGAGCUUUGGAGGAGGUGGCAGUACUAGUGGACGUCGUGAAACAACAGGAAACUCUGCAUCUAUGGGUAGUGAAAGCUCUGGACAUCAGAGUUAUCAAGGUUUCAGAAAAGAAGCAGGAGAAUUCUAUUAUAUGGCAUCCAGCAAGGAUCCUUCAGCAGCAGGAGGACAACAGCUUCCUCAGCGUAGGCCUUCUGGACCAGUACAGAGCUAUGGACCACCUCAAGGCAGCAGCUUUGGGAGUCAGUAUGGAAGUGAAAGUCACGUGAACCAGUUUCAAACACAACACUCGUCACUUAGUGGAGUAACACAUUAUCAGCAGGACUAUACUGGUCCUUUCUCCCCAGGCACUGCUCAGUACCAGCAGCCAGCAUCUAGCCAACAACAGCAACAAGCGCAGCAAAUGAGGCAGCAGCUUUAUCAAUCUCAUCAGCCUUUACCACAGGCCUCCAACCAAUCUGCCUCUAACACACCUCAUUUGCAGUCAAUUCAACGCCCUUCAAAUCUGCCUUCAUCUACUUCUAGCUAUCCAUUAAGAAUAGGUCAGUAUAGUCAGCACUAUCAACCUCCUGUUUCUUCCUCUUCUUCAUUUCCUUCUCCUCAACGUUUUGGUCAAUCUGGACAGAACUAUGAUGGUAAUUAUACUGUGAAUGCUGGUUCACAGUAUGAAGGACUUGUUGUAGGUUCAAGUGCACAAGCUUACGGGACUCAGUCAAAUUAUAGCUUUCAGACACAGCCAAUGAAAAACUUUGAGCAGUCAAAGUUGACCCAAGGGACUCAACAGGCACAAGGACAAGGACAACAGGCACAACAACAGCAGGCUCCUUCGCAACAUGUAAUGCAGUAUUCAAAUACUGCUUCCAAAUUGUCUCUUCAAAGUCAAGUGGGACAGUACAAUCAAGCUGAGGUCCCUGUAAGAUCACCCAUGCAGUUCCAUCAGAAUUUUAGUCCUAUAUCUAACCCGUCACCAGCUGCCUCUGUGGUUCAAUCUCCAAGCUGCAGUUCCACACCAUCUCCUCUCAUGCCAAGUGGUGAGAAUCUUCAGUGUGGACAAAGCAACAUUCCAGUAGCCUCUAGAAACCGCAUUUUACAAAUGAUGCCUCAGCUUAGUCCAACACCUUCCAUGAUGCCAAGUCCCAGUGCUCAGGGUGCAGGGUUCAAAGGAUUUGGGCUUGAAGGCUUGCAGGAAAAAAGACUUACAGAUCCAGGACUAAGCAGUUUAAGUGCCCUGAGUAGUCAAGUAGCUAAUCUUCCCAAUACAGUUCAGCACAUGUUACUCUCAGAUGCUUUGGUGCCCCAGAAGAAAAGCUCAAAAAAAUCAUCAAAAAAAACAGAGAGCUGUACAAACUCAGAAGGUUCCUCUCAGGCAGAAGAACAGCUUAAGUCUCCACUAGCAGAGUCCAUUGAUGGUGGCUGUUCCAGUAGUUCAGAAGAUCAAGGAGAAAGGGUGAGACAAUUGAGUGGUCAGAGCACCAGUUCUGACACCACUUAUAAGGGGGGUAAUUUAGAGAAAUCUCAGUCAUCACCAGCACAGCCAUCUCAAAAUGAACCUGCAAAAAUCACUACCAGCUCUGCAGUUGAGGAAGAAGCAUCCUCCCCUCCUGAUGGAAAAGAGGCCUUGAUUUCUGUGGAGGUCCCCCCAAAGAUCAAUGAAAAGACAGUUGGCGUGAUAGUCUCCAGAGAAGCUAUGUCAGGAAGAGUGGAAAAAUCAAGUGGACAGGAUAAAUCCCAACAAGAUGAUGCUUCUACAAGUGCUCAAGCAUUGCCUUCUGCCUCUGCAGUGAAAGAGACUGGUCUUGUAGGAGCUCAGCAAGAGUCACAAGGCGGAAAUAAAGGAAGCAGAGCUGGGGACAGCAGCACUAAUCAUAAUGAAGAUGGAAACAAUCCACCUGGUCAUGCUGCUAUUGGCUCUAGUUUCUCAAGCAGAACAGAGCCUUCUAAAUCCCCUGCUAGCUUGAGGUACAGUUUCAAAGAUAGUAUUGGGGUUAAUAUGCAAAGAACUUCUGGUACCUUUUCACAAUAUCCUUCAGGCCAGGAUAAAGAGUUUUCAAUGCAUAGUGAGCGAAAGGGCAGGAAUGAAAAAUUUCCCAGUCUAUUGCAGGAAGUUCUGCAAGGCUAUCACCAUCAUCCUGACAGGAGAUAUUCUAGAAAUGCCCAAGAUCAGCAUGGAAUCAGUGGAAGUUUAGAAGGUAGCAUGAGACCCAAUGUUCUGGUUAAUCAAACAAAUGAACUAAGUAACAGAGGCCUUUUAAAUAAAAGUAUUGGAUCUCUUAUGGAAGGUUCACACUGGGGACACUGGGAUAGAAAAUUAAGUGGCAAUACAGCCGAGAUAAAACAGAUAAAUUUGGUAGAUUAUCCUAUACCUAGAAAGUUUGACUUAGAUUCUACAGCUCAUGAAGCUGGAGGAGUCUCCGAGAGAAGAUCAGUUAUUUGUGAUAUAUCACCUUUGAGGCAGAUUGCUAGAGAUUCUGGGCCACAUUCUGGAGGGCAUAUAAGUACUGAUGGCAGGAGUGGAAGAAGUGACCGUCUGACUUCUGGUUUAAAUCAGUCAGUCAUCCUCCCUGGUGGCCUCGUAGCCAUAGAAGCCAAACUAAAGUCUCACAGUGGGCAGAUUAAGGAGGAGGAUUUUGAACCUAAGACUUCUGCCAGCCUCAACAACAAAAAAUCGGGAGAUCAUUGUCACCAUGCCAGUUUUAAACAUGAAUCUUACCGAGGGAAUGCUAGCCCUGGAGCUGCAACACUUGAUUCUGCAUCAGACUACCUGCUACAACAGGAUAGCCGAACAACACAGAUGAGACGAGGACCUAGCAGAAUAGGAAGCAGCCGAGAAGGAAUGAGAGGUAAAUCCCCCUCUCAAUUUCAUGAUCUGGCAGAUAAGUUAAAGAUGUCACCUGGAAGAAACAGAGGUCCAGGGACAGAUCUUCAUCAGAUGAAUCCACAUAUGGUGCUUUCUGACAGGGUCAACCGGAGUUCCUUACAUACUUCUUUCUCUUCAAAUUCUGAAAGUUCAUCUUUGGCUUCAGCAUAUCAUGGUAAUUCCCGAUCCCAUGUUUAUGGUGAUCCCAACCAAGGACUGAAUUCCCAGUAUCACUAUAAAAGACAGCUAUACCAUCAACAACAAGAGGAUUAUAAAGAUUGGAGUAGCAAUUCUGCUCAGGGUGUAAUUGCUGCAGCUCAACAUAGGCAGGAGACAGCUAGAAAGAGCCCAAGACAGCAACAAUUCUUAGAUAGAGUAAGGAGUCCUUUAAAAAAUGACAAGGAUGGAAUGAUGUAUCUCCAUUCUGGUUCUUACCAUGAUGUGGGGUGCCAAGAAACCAACCGUUGUUUGUUGGGGGGAGAAAGCACUCAUCAAAAUAAGUGUUUGGAAAUUAAACACAUGAAUCAAAAGAUUCAGCAACAUGAAUCAGGUUGGGAUCUUUCCCGUCAGUUAACUCCUGGAAAGAACAGUGGCUCUCUAGGGACAAGUCAGAAGAGAUUUAUUUCACAAAAUAGUGAUACACAUAGGCGAGAUGAUGUUGGUGAUGUACUUAAAUCUGCUAAUGCCAUGGUAAGAAUUCCUGGCCAAGAAGAUCAAUCUCCUCAAAAUCCUUUAAUAAUGAGAAGACGAGUCCGCUCAUUCAUUUCUCCUAUUCCAAGCAAGAGGCAGUUGCAGGAAAUGAAAACUAGUGGGAUUGAUGACAAAGGACGCAUAUUCCCUUCAUCAAAGGAUGGAGUUGAUAAAACUCUCAAUUCUUAUGCCCAUUCCUCUCAAAACCAAGAUAUUGGCAGAUCAUUCUCAAAAGGAGAAUCAUCUAGGAAUCUUCCAAGUCCUGAUAAUCGAAACUGUUCCGGUGUUUCCAUCACAAGCCCAGCUAAAACAAAAAUUCUUCCCCCACGAAAGGGUCGUGGAUUAAAGUUGGAAGCUAUUGUUCAAAAAAUCACCUCUCCCAGUGUUAGGAGGAGUGCAUCUUCAAAUUGUGCUGAGACUGGUGCAGAUGCAGUCACUCUUGAUGAUAUUCUGUCUCUAAAGAGUGGCCGCCCAGAGAGUGGGAAUAUUGUCAAUCAUGAAGUAGGCGAAGAAAAUAUAAAAGUAGAAGUGUUAGAUCGAGAAAAUCAAGUACUGACCAAUGAAAUUUCUCGGACAAUAUCUUCUGAAGAUUGGCAUGAUGAUAGAGAUGAGAUUGUGAAAAAAGAGGUUUCUGAACAUGCCACUGUUGGCAAGGACAGUUCAGUGGCUGUCUUGAUUCCAGCAUCUUCGCAGAAAUCUUUUGGUCAAGGAAGAAUAGAUGGAUCUGUAAAUUUUUCUGAAUCAAAAUCAAUUCAGCCAACCAAUAUUUUGGCUCCUGAAACAAAUGUAAAGCCAGAAGAAAAAGAUGGAGGUACCAUUAUGACACCCAAGUCAGAUCCCUUUCCACCAAAGGGAUAUUUCCCUUCUGGUAAGAAAAAAGGAAGACCUAUCGGUAGUGUAAACAAGCAAAAGAAGCAGCAACAAUUACCGCUUCCAUUAGUGCCAGAAGCAGUGCAGCUAUCGGAGGAGGCAGUAGACGGCGAACCAAAACCUAAGAGACAGCGAAGAGAGAGGAGGAAAACUACAGCACAGCCACGAAAACGGAAACCAAGACGAGCUGCUCCCAUUGUGGAGCCUCAAGAACCAGAAAUCAAACUAAAAUAUGCUAUUCAGUCUCUUGAUAAAACUGAUACUAGGAAUAAAUCUUUUUUCCCUUACAUUCAUGUGGUAAACAAAUGCGAGCUAGGUGCUGUAUGCACAAUAAUUAAUGCAGAAGAAGAAGAGCAGAAUAAAUUGAUGAGAGGUCGAAAAGGACAGAGGUCAUCAACGCCACCUCCUAGCAACGCUGAGAGUAAAGUACUGCCUACUUCCUCUUUUAUGCUACAAGGUCCUGUUGUAACAGAGUCAUCUGUUAUGGGCCAUCUAGUCUGUUGCCUUUGUGGCAAAUGGGCCAGCUACCGCAACAUGGGUGAUCUCUUUGGACCUUUCUAUCCGCAAGAUUAUGCAGCCACACUGCCUAAGAAUCCCCCUCCUAAGAAGUCCACAGAGAUGCAAAACAAGAUCAAAGUACGACAUAAAAGUCUUUCUAAUGGUUCCAAGACUGACACAGAGGAAGAAGAGGAGGAACAAGAGCAGAAAGAACAGAGAAGCCUGGCUGCCCACCCACGUUUUAAAAGACGACAUCGCUCUGAGGACUGUGCUGGGGCUUCUCGGUCACUUUCUAGAGGCACUGCUUGUAAAAAAGCAACCACUGAGAGUGGCAGUGUUGGUGAAAAUACUUCUUCAGACUCUAAACCCCCCAUACCUACUUCUGAAGGUAGUCCCGAGUUGGAGCUACAAAUUCCUGAACUACCUCUUGAUAGCAAUGAAUUUUGGGUCCAUGAGGGCUGUAUCCUCUGGGCCAAUGGGAUUUACCUAGUCUGUGGCAGGCUUUAUGGGCUGCAAGAAGCUGUGGAAAUAGCUAAAGAGAUGAAAUGUUCUCAUUGCCAGGAACCAGGAGCCACCUUAGGCUGCUACAACAAAGGCUGCUCCUUCCGGUAUCAUUAUCCAUGUGCCAUUGAUGCAGAUUGUUUACUAAAUGAAGAUAAUUUCUCAGUGAGGUGCCCCAAGCACAAGCCCCCCCCUCCUUGCUCUCUUCCCCCCAUGCAGAACAAGAUGGUGAAAGGCAGCUUCAGCACAGAGCAGUCGGAGAGGGGGUGAGGGGGGAAGUGUGUUCGUGGGAAUGAAAAUAAAGGCAAGCACAGGUUAGGCUGUUGAGAUAAAAGCGAUGGACAUUCAAGAUUAGAUCAUUUGUUUCCCAGUGUGCAGUCAUGUCCCUCUUGACAAGCCUACCAAUGCCAGCACUUCCUCCAUCAAUUCUUUCAUCACAUUUGAUUGACAACAUCACAGAAUAUGAUCUAGGAGUCUGAACCAGCUAUUUUCAUGGACACACUCUUCAUAGUGACUAUGGGUAGGGGAGGGAGAAGAAGAGAAAGUGGGAGAAUUAAAGAGGGAGGGAUAAAAUAUAUAUAUAGAUAAAUAUAUAUAUAUAUUAAAAAUCUAUUUUUAGUCUUGAUAGACUUGUUUUAAAUGAAAGGUGCGCUAUCCCUUUUUAUGCAUUAAAUUCCAUUUUUAGGACCCACAUAGGUAUGAAAUUGCUCAUAAACGUGUAUUAACUAGAAGUCAGAAAAGGCCUUUACAAUGUAAUCACUUUUUCUUUUGGAAGGAGUGUUGGAGUUAAUGAGCUUUCUUAAUCAAACUUGUUUCUCUGCUCCAUUUUCCACAAUAGAAGAUCCAGGUUUUAAAGAAUACAAGUUUUUUGUUGCUGGCAAAAUUGUCUGCAGGGAUGAGAGUGGGGAUGAAUGGUUGCUGGGUGCUUGUAUUUGUGUACGUGUGAAUAGCAUUUUUUUUUCUUAAAAAAAAAAGAAAAGAAAAACACUAUUUAUUUUUAUUAAGAAAAGCCUGAGAAGCAUCAGAAGACUAUUAUGUCAUGUGGUUUGUGAAAUAAAGAGUGUCUUCUACUUGCUUCAUAUUCAGAUACUUUAACCUUAUAUACAUAACUUUGUACCAAAAGGUGGGAGAUUGGGGCCAUUGUUGGCCACUGACAAAUAUUCCCAAAUCAUUCCAAGGAAUUGCUGCCUUUUUUGGAGGCAGUCUAUGAGGCUUGCCUACUAGAAAGGGGCAUUCAACAGAUGUUUGAAUGUUGAUAUAAUCAGUGUGUGUUAAGCUGUCCAGGAAAAUUCAGUUAGCUCUUCUCUUCUUUUGUUACCCAAAAGGAGGAAGGGGGAAUGUCAAUUUAGCAGCCUACACCACAUGGUUAUUUUUUCUUCGUUUGUACAUUGUGUAAUUGUAAACAUUUGAGUUUUAGAAAACAAAACUUUUUUCUCUUGUUAAGGCCUUAAGAAGGGGUUAGUGCAUCUUUCACGGAUCACUCUGCCAUGGGAAUAAAAUAGCUGUUUCACAAACAGUUUUAUAUAUAUAUAUAUAUAUUAAAAAAAACUAAAAGGAAAAACCCACAAAAAACCUAAUAAACUUCAUUUUAACCUAAUUUUAUCUGUGAAAUUUAAUGUAUUUCACUUCUUUGUGAACAAGCCAUUUUUCCACAGUUGCUGUUUAUAAUUUAAAUUACUAGCUUUACUUCUCAGAUUUAAAAUGAGUCCCCAUGCUUCUUUGGGGAUGGAUUGAAGACAGACUCUACAUUGAUGCCAAUAAACUUCUGAUUUCUUUUAUUUAAAAUACAGGUGGGGAAACAUUCCUGUCUGGUUUUCAAGUGUCCUUUUCUUAGUCACAACUAAAGUGCAAGCCAAUGUGUCAUAAUGGUUAGAGCGUUGGACUAAGAUUGGGCAGAUGAGUGUUCUAAUCCCUGUCAUGAAGCUCAUUAGAUGAUUUAGGGCUGUCUUUAUUUCUCUGUCUAAUCAACCUCACAGGAUUAGUAAAGGGAAGCUAAGGAUAUUGCCUUGAGUUCUGGGAGACUUUGAAAAAUAUAAAUGUUUCCUAUACACAACUUUUAAAAAAAGUGUCCAUUCAUAGCUAUUGUCAGUGUUUCAAGGCUGCAUGAUUCCAAGAGGCAGAUACAGCUAGAGAGAAAAGUAUUAACCUGCAUAUACUGUAAUCUCUGCCCAAAAUUCAUAAUUUAACUUUUUUCUUGGUUUUAAAAGCUGUUUGUUGCCCCAGAUUCUGUUAUAUAUUUCUAAAAAAGAUUUUUUUUAAUUUUCUUCUACAGAAAGUAGGCCAAGCAUCACACUUGGCUUUUGAGUGGUACUACUAAAUAAAGCAGUGUGCGGAACCAAAACAAAACUGAAUUAAAUUUUGGUUCAUUUAAUUAACAUUAGAUAUAGUUAAUACAGUUUUUCCUCCAAGCAUGUAUUUAAUAAUGUUCAUAUUUUUAACUGUAAUUUACAUUUGCAGUUUUUUUAAAAAAAAAACUUUUAAAAAUAUCUGUGGAAUUAUUUAUCUGAGGUUUUCAGGAACCAAAUAAUUGGUUUCUCAUUCAUCUACUUUUAUCCACGCAGUAUGUUAUAAACUUUUACCAUCUUCUUCCUUUACUUCCUUUAUAUACAUUCUAAUUGCAAGUAAUUGCAUUUUGCCAAAGUUCCACUAAGGGCAAUAAGAAAAAUAGUCUGUGAAAAGACAAGAGCCACUAGUUAAGUCAACAAGCAAUUUAGGAUUCAAGGAUUUUAUUACAUUAGGAUCCUAGUGGAUUCACUGAAAAUGAAUAGAUUUUGGACCAAUUUCGAAUACAGAAUAUAUUCACAAAAAAAAAAAAUCAUAAACCCUCUGGAAACUUUGAAAGAAUAACAUGUUUUGCAACAAGUAGCAAGUUAAUAAAGCUUAAUAUGUAACAAUUUUGACUCUUAAAAUACAAAAUUUCAAACAUUUGUCUCCCUGUGGAAGAAAAAAAAUUAAUGUAUUUUUCUUAAAAACUGAUUUAAGAAACAUUUGUAUUUUAAAAUGUUUGAAGUAAAAUUUACCAUUCAGCAAAAAAGGAUUUUAUUCCUAUUUUUAUCCCCUAUAUUGGUCUCAAAUACCAAAGCCUAUUUAUAUAUUUAUUAUAUUUAUAUAUAAAUAUUAUAUUUAGUAAUAAUACUUUCCAAUCAUGUUUGUAGGUUUGGUGCCAAAAGGUUUAGGCAACGUAUACUUACAGUGGAAUAGUCCCAAUUUGUUUAGUUUGUUCAGAUUUAAGAAAGAGCUAUACUGAUUGUGGGACGGAAUACACAAAUUUGGAAGAAACAUUGAAUUAGCUAUCAGUUAAGUACUCAUUCUGAUAUUUCAAAGUUUGGAAUAAAAAUAUUCAAUAGUAUCUUCAAGGCGCCACCUCAAUAUUUAGAUUGUAAACUGGACAGGAAACUGGCAUUCAUUUGCUAUAUAAAUUAAUAUUAGUGUAUUGUAUCGUGAUGAAAUCAACAUCAUCAAUGCACUGCCCUCUGAACCAACAGAAAAGUUUCAUCUUUGAUUUUUUUUCACUUGUCUAUUUGAAUAGCUUAUCUGCUUACUCUUCUCCAAGCUAAAAAUAUAUCCAGCAUUCAACAUGGCUCAGAUUACUUACUCUGGUUGCCUAUCUCUGGAUAUGCCCUGUUUAAUACCCUUAAAAUAUUGCACCAGUACAUGGACCUUGAUAAGCACAUGGAUGUAUUACUAUGAAUGAACCUUCCCCCUAAUCUUCAAUAAGACAAAUGUGGGUUUUUGCCUUGAAAGAUGUUUGAAAAUCAAAGGUAAUACAAAAUGCAAUAGUGUACAUACACUUUGGAGAUCACAUUGCUGUGGAAUUGAAAACAAUUUCACUAGCUUCCUAUUUGUUUCUGAGCACAAAUCAAAUCUGUCUGACAAACCCUGAACAGUUCAAAGUUAAGAAAUCUGAAAGUGCCUUUUUCACAUUAAAUUGCUAUUAAGAGCAGCAAUUUUAUUAUACGUUUGG